AUGUCGAUCUGGGACACGCUCUCCGGCCGCAAAUCCUCAACUCCUUCCUCGACUUCCGCUGCCUUUGAUCCGAACUCCGCUCAUGACGUCUCCUCUUUCCUCUCCAGCACAGCGAUUCCCGAUCCUUCAGAACUACACCCUCUCGCGGGGCUCAAUCGCGAAACAUUAGACUAUCUUACCCUUGAGGAUUCGACGCUGAACGAACUGCCCGGUUCCCAAUCAGCGCUCCCCUCCCGAGGCUGGUCUGACGACCUGAGUUAUGGCACUGGAACCACAUAUCUUACAGCCUUGAGUGCCGGGGGUCUCUGGGGCUUGACAGAGGGCCUGAAGAAAACUCCACCUUCUGCUCCCCCAAAGCUGCGGCUGAACGCGGUGCUCAAUUCCGUGACGAGACGUGGUCCGUUCUUGGGUAAUUCAGCUGGUGUUCUUGCGAUGGCCUAUAACGGAAUUAAUUCGACAUUGGGAUAUGCACGGGGCAAGCAUGAUGCAGUGAACAGCAUCGUUGCGGGUGCGCUCAGUGGGAUGUUAUUUAAGAGUUACUCGACGGGCCUUAUUCGCGUAAAAGGUGAACUGCCACUUUCAUCCGGCUGCUUUUCGCGUUUUGUGUCCGGAAGCAUCGGCAACAGCGACGUUAAAGAGCCGAAGGGGUUGUCACCAUACCGAUGGCCAUUGGUGAUCGGAUAA